CACGAAGCUUAACUUACACAGAGGGAAAGAGAACCAGACCUAGAGAGUGUGGGAAACAAAAAAAAAAAAACACACAAACAGAAAGAAGCGUUUUCAAAGCUUAUCUCUCUCCACAACCCAAGAGAGGAGUAGUAAACUAAUGGGGGAGGAGGAAAAGAAACCUGCAGAAGAGACGAAAAUGGAGGAGAAGAAACCAGAGGAGAAGAAAGAGGAAAAGAAAGAAGAGAAACCGGCAGAGAAGCCGGCGGAAGAAAAGAAAGCAGAGGAAGCCAAGGAUGGAAAAGAAUCCAAGGAAGGUAAGGACCAAUCUCCGCCGCCACCACCACCUCAAGAGAUCGUGCUCAAAGUGUACAUGCAUUGCGAAGGCUGUGCUCGCAAGGUCCGGCGCUGCCUCAAAGGGUUUGAAGGGGUUGAUGAUGUUACAACCGAUUGCAAGACUUCUAAGGUGGUCGUGAAGGGUGAAAAGGCGGAUCCACUGAAGGUUCUGGAGAGAGUUCAGAGGAAGAGCCACAGGCAGGUCGAGCUCAUCUCUCCCAUCCCCAAACCAAAGGCCGAGGAGGAGAAGAAGCCUGAGGAGAAAGAGAAGCCCAAGCCUGAAGAGAAGAAAAAAGAGCCUCAGAUAAUCAUAGUGGUCCUGAAGGUUCACAUGCAUUGUGAAGCCUGUGCACAAGAAAUCAAGAAACGCAUACUGAGAAUGAAAGGAGUGGAGUCAGCUGAGCCAGAUCUAAAGAGCUCGCAGGUUGUAGUGAAGGGCGCGUUCGACCCAGCACAGCUGGUGGAGUACGUGUACAAGCGGACCGGGAAGCACGCGGCGAUAGUGAAGCAAGAACCGGAGAAGAAGGAGAAAGAGGAGGCCAAAGAUGGUGGCAACAAGGAAGAGAAAAAAGGCGAUAGUGGCGGCGGCGGCGGCGGCGGUGAGAAAGGGAGCAAAGGAGGAGAGGAAGAGAAAAAAGAAAAGAAGGAAGGAAACGAGGCGAAGCCAGAGGCGCCAGCAGCCGCGACGGAGGAGGAGGUGAACAAGGUGGUGGAGCUUCAGAAAAAUGCGUAUUUUUACUACCCACAAAGGUAUGCAAUGGAAUAUAGCUACACUCCUCCGAUCUUCAACUACGAGCACCCAACAAAUGCCUACGCACCUCAGAUCUUCAGCGAUGAAAACCCAAAUGCCUGCUCUGUCAUGUAAUUAAUUAAUUAAAAAAAAAAAAAAGGUGAGGAAUAAUGGUUGAAAGGGUGUGAUGGGAAUGGUGAAAAAUUGUUGAUAAGGACGGUGAUAAUGGUGAAUGGCAGAGCCAUUGCCCUGUACUGCUCUACAUGUGCUCUGUGUAGUUCGUGCUAUAAAAUAUAUCAUCUACAGAUAAAGCUGUAGAAUUUUGUGA